AUGCCUCCGAAACGCAAGAGGCCUGACCGUCCCUCCAUUGACGGCGGAAGACCUCCACCGCAUCAUCCAGAGGACGUGCCUCAAAUCUACUACGAAAUGGGUGACGCCGGUAGUCGAGAUCGAGGAGGGUAUGGUGCGCUCAAUCGUCGUGACUCGAACCACGGCCGACGAUCGUCCAUCCACCACAACACCCAGAACGUCCAGAACCAAACUCCCAGCCAAGCUCAAUCGCCCCCUGCGACAAUGAGCAAGCAUCCAAAAACUCCCUCGUCGCCCGCUGUCAGAAAGCAGCCGGGCCCUUCGCCAUCAGUCCCGACGCUCAACUCGCCGGUUCCCUCUCAAGCCGCCAUGGAGCCGGCUCAACGACCCGCCCAUUCCGUCCGGUCGCUUUAUUUCUACGACCAGCUCACAGACGAAAAGAUUCGUACCUGGGCUGAGCAUGGCCGUCAGCAGAUAGCUGAGCACGGCGUGCAAUCGCGCGAAGACAUGGACAGUACCGAGCUCUCCGACCUCUUCCAAGAGUUUGUCCACGCCGUUGUUGAAGCCAGACUUGAUCCUACCGACGCUGGAACCUGCGUCAAGGAGAUUUUGGGCGAAGACACAUCCGGAAUAAUUAAUAGUUCCUAUCCGUUUGCGCCUCACUCUCUCUUUCUCGACACCCUAUCCAUCAUGGUGGAUAAUGACCCGGACCUGUAUCGACCUUCUGUCAAGCAAUUCAUCGUCGCCACUGGCGUGUCGCCAACCCUGAUGCGCGAAAUCCUCGACGCCCCGCUCCUGCAGCAGCUGGGUUUGAUUAGAGACAACUUCGCCAGGCUAGGCGUCAGACAGGCAACAAAUCUUCUCUACCGGCAGGCAAACUACAACCUGUUGCGUGAGGAGUCGGAGGGCUACUCCAAGCUCAUCACCGAGCUGUUCUCCACCAACAGCAUACCGCCGCCGCCCCCGGGCAAGACGUUUGAAAAGGUCAAGGCCUUGAUCGGCACCUUUGACCUCGACGUCGGCCGAGUUCUGGAUGUCACGCUUGACGUCACCGCUUCCAUCUUGAUCAAGCAGUACAAGUUUUUUGUCAAGUUCUUGCGAACCAGCUCCUGGUGGCCCUCUUCGCGAUUGUCCGACGACUCCGCCUUCGUAGGAGGCCUGCCAGCCUGGGCCGAGCCCGACUACCCCCACUGGGUUACGAGCGAGGAGGAUGAAGAGAUAAACUCGCGCCUUAAGCUCGAUCGAGACAUGGCCUUUUGGGAACGUGCCAGGGACGUCAAGCUGACCGCUUUCUUCGAGCUCGGUGGAAGACGCGUCAUGGAAGAACAUCUCCAGCAGGAUCCUGCCACCGGCGGUAGCGGCAGUGGCGAAGCCGAGCUGGACGCUGCCCAGAAGUGGAUACGCGAGACGAAUACCCUCCCUGCGCCUGGAAACCGAGUCGCCGCACAGUUGCUCGGUUUCAAGCUUCGAUUCUACAACUCUGACAUUCGCGAAAAAUCCGACGUCCUCCCCGCCAAUCUUCUGUACCUUGCCGCUCUUCUCAUCAAGAUCGGCUUCAUCUCCUUGGCCGAUCUCUACUCACACCUGUCCCCUGAUGACGCCGAAAUGGAAAAGGUUCGCGAUGAGGAGAUGGAGAAGCAGGCGACGGAGCAGCGCGAGUCGCAUGGCGGACAGAUGAAUGCCCUGCUCAUGGCCGGCGUUCUUCCCCAAGGAGAGGACGACAACCCGUCGGCCGUCAACACUACGAGGAGAGAGACGGCCAAGAGAGUCGAGGCAGAGCAGAAGAAAGUCGCCGUCGAGGAACCUGUCGACAAUAAUAAGCUUCAGCCGCCCCUCGAGCAGAAAAUUUCUCUACUCACUCAGCUCCUGACCAUCGGUGCCAUACCGGAGUCGCUCUUCCUACUGGGUCGUUUUCCAUGGGCCGUCGAAGUCUUCCCCGAUAUCCUCCAGCGAAUCCACCGCAUUCUUCAUGUCUGUCUCGAUAAAGUAUACAACGACAGUCGACCGUCUCCUGCCAUCAGCUUCCCCGCAAAACAAAUGAUAGACAUCGACCAAACCGGCAUGCCAAAGGGCAGUGUUCGCCUUACUCAACCACCCGCCAAAAAGGUCUGGCGCUGGCCGUUUCCCGAUAAGAACGACACAAACGAAAACCAAAACUAUCGUUUCUACUGGGACGAAUGGUCGGACAACAUCCCGGUUUGCCAGACUGUCGAUGACGUCUUCACGCUCUGCGGCACCCUUAUGAAUAUUUCCGGAGUCAGAAUCGGCAAGGAUGAGGCUCUCCUGUCGAAGCUCGCCUCCAUCGGCGCCAUGAGCCUGGCCGAUGAUCAAUCGGACGCCAACCGCGCUCGCUGGGAGGAGCUGUUGCGACGCCUGCUGUUACCCGCACUCAGCCACACAAAGGCAAACACGGCGGUUGUCCGCGCCAUCUGGGAGCUCGUCAAGCAGUACCCGCUCAUUACCCGCUACAACAUGUACGCCGAAUGGUUCGAGGGUUCAAUUUCUCGGCUGCCGGCGAUGAAGGCCGUCUUCUCGAAGUCUGCGGCCGAGACGAGAGCGACGAUGAAGCGAGUAUCGCUCACGAAUUUAAGCGAGAUGGCCAAGCGGUUGGCAAAGACCAGCUACUCGUCGCCAGGCAUCGUCUUCAAGGUUGCUUUUGAGCAGUUGGAGGUCUACUCCAACUUGAUCGAGGCAUUUGUCGAAUGUGCCAGGUACUUCACGGACCUCUCGUACGACGUUUUGGUGUGGUCGCUGUUGACUUCGCUCGGCAAGUCGAGAAGCCGCGUCCAGGAAAACCAUGCCCUCACCACCAGCAAGUGGCUUACCGCCCUGUCAAGGUUCUCUGGCAAAGUCUUCCGACGAUACUCUCUCCUCGACUCUGUACCGGUUCUCAAAUAUGUUGAUGACCAGCUCUUUAACGGAAACUCGACUGAUCUCGUCAUCCUGAAAGAGUUCAUCUCCUCCAUGGGAGGCAUCGUCGAUUCGGUCGAUUUUACCGACUACCAGAUACUGUCCAUGGCCGGUGGCUCAUGGCUCCGUCGACACACCCUGAUCCGAGCCCAGGAUAAGCGGUUCGACAGCGUGAAAAGCUCGGAUCGCCUUAUGCAGGCGCUUUGCGACUCGAAGCUGGCCGCGCGAUUGCUGAUCAACCUCUCUCAAUAUCGACAGGUAGCCAUCUACCGCGUUCCGGAGGACGAGGCGCACAUCAAGUACCUCUCGUCAAUAUUGGACGAUUCUCAUCAGUCCUUGAUUCAAUAUAUUGACUUCCUCUGGAGCAACCUCGAGCCGGCGGCGUUUGACGCGAUUGUGCCGUCUAUCCCCAGGCUUAUCCGUUCGUUUGGGCUCGAGACGGAUAUCGCGUUUCUGAUCGGCAGAGCCAGCCUCGCCCAUCGCAUGUUUCCGUGGAAAGACGCCAAGGCGUCGCGAGACGCGAUCGAGGCAGCCAAAGCCAUCUCCGACAAGGAGGGAGAUGUGACCAUGUCAGGAACGAAGCCCAGCGCAAAGGUGCCCUCGCCUUCGGGUGCUACCGAUGGCGAGGAUCAACAAGUAGGUGCUAGCCUGUCGCCCAUUGUUUUGGGCCAACUCCGGGCUAACGGGAAGCAUCAGCAGAAACCCGACGAUCAUUCUCUCACUCGAACAGUCUUUACGGCAUUGCACCCCAUCGUGAACUCGAUCCAAGGCAGCGUUGACCCGGGAGUCUGGGAGAGGAUGACACCGGAGUUCUACGCCAUCUUCUGGGCAUUGCAACUUGGAGACCUCUGCUUCCCUGAGAACAUCUACUUGCAAGAGCGGACCAGGCUCAUGGGCGAGUGGCAGGCACUGGCGAAUGACCGUUCAGACAUGUCUCGCAGGGCACUGGAUCGGAAGGCAGAGAAGAAGAAGGAGUUGAUGGACAUCUCCGGCUAUCUGCUAGAUGAGCUCAGCGACCACGGGCUCCGAAAGGCGAAAUGGAAGUUCUAUCUAACCAAGCAGUUUCAGGUGGCCUUCCCCGACUCUGCGGCCAAACCUGAGAUAAUCGCCGACUUGCUGCUCGAGCACUGCUUCCUUCCCCGCGUUCGUCUGUCGCCCGCAGACGUGGAGUACACGUACAGGUUUAUCAAGGCACUUCAUGAAUGGAAUGCGCCUGGUUUCCGCUUCAUGGUCUUCCUUGACCGGCUUUUCAACACGAACCGACUGCGAACACUCAUAUUCUCUUGCACCGUCCGAGAGGCAGAAUACCUGGGACGGUUCCUGAAGCUGGUCCUGGCGGAUCUGUCGCGAUGGCACAAGAAUGAAGUCGACAAAAAGGCCAAGUCGGCCAAGGACGCUCUCGGAGACUACGACAAGGAAGCCAAGGGCCCUAGUGACCAGCCUCGCAUCGGUUUCGCCAUCAAGGUGAACAAUCAGGGAAAGCCUGAAGGCUUCGUCGACCAUUCCCAUUUCAGGGACAUGCUAUUCCGAUGGCACAAGAACAUUAACAUGGCACUCAAGAGUUGUCUGGGAGGUUCCGAAUGGAUGCACAUCCGAAAUGCCAUUACGGUUCUCAACGCCGUCUUGGACCACUUCCCUGCCGUGGAUUUCAUGGGCGCACAGUUCCUAGCGCAGCUGCAGGUGAUAUCGAAGCGUGAGGCGGCCGCGAAAGAAACGACGUUCAGCGAGGAAGGCGGCCGAGUCGAUCUGUCCGUUGCGGCCCAGGGCGCCAUGUCCGAGCUGCAGAGACGCAAGUCGAGGUGGAUGAUGGUUCAGGCUUUCCGGUCAAACGCCGUGAGUGACGCAGUCGUGACGAUUGUGAGCCGUGUUGACACCGUUUCCAAGGCGGCCGGUACCCAGCUCGAGACUGACAAGCCCACGCACCCGCUACGGCCGACGGCGCCUGAGUUCCGACCCCAGCCUUCUCAGCCCAUUGCUCGGAAGCCAUCCGCUGCGGAGGAGGAGGACGGUGAGGUGCGAGAUUCUAAGCGACGCUUCUCGGUGGGCACUCCAAAGGAUUCUCUGCCUUCGAAGCCUUUCGACGCGAUCAAAGACUCCAAGAAGGAUGACUACUCUCGCCACAAUCACCGCCCUAUGGGACACAAUUUGCCCAAUCGACCAGAUGUGCCGAUUCCGGCCCUCUCUACGCCGGAGCGCUAUGGCCUUGGGACGGCAGAGAAGUCAGGGAGCCCCAUCGCGAAGGUUGGGAGAGACCAUCCGACCAGGACCGGCAGGGACGGCCCCGAGAAUAUGCCGAACGGAGAACGACGGACGGCGCCGGUGAGAUGCCUCGUCACGACCUCCCUCCGAGACCACAUCGGGUUCGCGGCAGCGCCUGCGAAUGAUCCUGCGGCUGACGCAGCCAUGAACCCUGAGAGAGCGGCAUUUUUCGGCAAUGAUGACGCCGAACGAACCCCUGAUCAUGCUGCUCGUCGGCCAGAGUCCGAUCGCCAGCCGCGAGGACGCUCCCAAACUGCAGCCGACUCCAUGGACAUGCAAAGCGCCGAGCGAGGUACAAUGGCGGAAGACCACAAGGAUUCCACACCGAACUCGCAAGGUCGACCACCAAGGGACGAAGGGCGCGAGAGGAUACCAAGGACCGCAUCACCGCACCGAAGCGGUCGACUGCAAGGGUACGGGCCCCCAGCCGGCUACGACGACCGACAGGGCCGGCCCUUUGCGUCGGACCCACGGCUUGAUAGGGAUCAUCGCAAUAGAUCCCCGUUGCCAGGGAAUUUCCGAAGUGACUGGGCAACGGACCGCGAUGCGGCAACAGACCCGAUGCGCAGCUCCCCUGGUUUCCAUCGACCAGGCCCCCGCAUUCCCGAAUCGGACCAUCGACUGCCUCAUCAGGACCAGAACUAUGGGCGAUUAAAUGCCAUCCCAUCGACAUCGGACAUUCCGUUGGGUCCUCGUGGCCGAGGCCGAGGCUCGACUCGUGGCGGGUACGGCGGUCGUCCCGACGGGCGACUUGUGCCAGAUACAAUACGAGCACCAUCGCCAGAUCGAGCUCCGCCAUCGGGCCCGACUAACGGUCGCAGGUUCCGUGGUGGGUUCGAUCACGGCGGCGGCUUUCACAUGGACAGGAAGCAGAAUUACUUUGGUCACGGAAAUGACGGGUCAACGGCAUCCACCACCUCGGCUCCGCCAUCACGAGGUGUUCACCCCGACCGACUUGCACAGUUGGGCACGCUGCCGCCUCACAUGCCGCUUCCCCAUGGAGAAGGUUCCUACGGUCGGCACCCGAACAGCGGAGACAGACAUGUGUCGGGUACGCGGCAGCCGUAUUCGGCGAUGGAUCUUUCAUCAAUGGAACCGGGAGUGUCAACGGGCCCAAUCCCGCCCGGUGAUCGGGCGCGAGGUGGUGGGGACAGACGACAGCUGGCUGGGAUCAACAACAUGCUUCAGCAAUCCCUGACGCUGCCUGAAGCGAGCAGAAACAGCGGCAUGCGGGCUCAGCCACGACCGCUGUUGGGCAAUUCGGACGCCCAGGUGCUCACGGGCGGCUCGGCAGCUUCCACCCCGGGAGUGGACCGUCAAGAUGUCCUUUGGUCAGGGUCGAAUGGCGCCGAGAAUCAACUGAGGCGCGACUACCGCGGCGACCGGCCUGAUCGGUCGAGUCGGUCCUCUCGACGCGGCAGUCGUGAGCGCGAACGAGACGCCAGCCCGCGUCCCGGCUGGGAUGGCGAGAUCAAGGAUCAAGGAGAAUAUCGCGACAGGCGGUCGACAGGCGGCGUAGAGGCCGGCAACAACGAACGCGAGUUGCGCAGACCGGGCCGGGAUGGCAGUGGACGCGACUUGAUGGGCUUCCCCCCCACGGACGGAAGAGACCUGAUGGCGGGGAGGGAAGGAGGACACCGCGGAGAGCCGAGAGUUGGGGUGAGCCGAGCGGAAGAUUGGGUUGGAGGUAACGCUGGCGGUGGCGGAUAUCGAGGCGUUGGACGUGGAGGUCCGAGAGACGGAGACGGCCGGCCCCCCGAGGAGCGACAUGAAGUCCGGGAUGAUCGAGGCCGGAAGAGGCGCAGCGUGGAUGGUGUCGGCCAUCUGACGAGCGAGCGCGAGAAGCGGCCGAGGCGCUAG